AUGCCCAAGAGAGAGGCUGAAGGGGGUGCUCAAGGAGGUCAGGCUCAGGUGAAGGUCGAACCCGAGACCCACACGGUUGUCAGCCAAUCUGCUCCUCCAAAGCCAGAACCCAAGCCUGAAAAGGCCCCUGCAGAAAAGGGAGAGAUGGUACCCAAAGGGAAAAAGAGAAAAGCUGAUGCUGACAAGGAUGGCAAUAACCCUGCAGAAAACGGAGACAGCAGAACAGCCCAUGCGCAGAGCUCAGAAGGUGCUAGACACACUAAGUGA